AUGCACGAACUUGCAAACCGAAACUAAAAAGUUACAGUUUCCGGUCAAGGUUCAGAUCGUCACAAUUUGGAAAAUUCCCUCUAGAAAUAAAUAACAUUAGAAUAUAAGUUCGUGUUUAUGUUUGAAAUGUUAUUUCUCUCUCUCUCUCUCUUAUUUACCUACUGUAAUGUAAGUUUGGAAGCAAAUAGACGAGUUUGAGACUGUUGUAAUGAUAAAUAGAAUUAAAAUUGGACAGAGUUCUCAGGAUUUUUGAAAUGGCACAUUUAAAAUUAUUGAUAGUUUUUCGCAAAGUAGAUGUUGAUUUAACUUUUGUGAGAUCUGAGGCUAAAAAAUUUUUUGAAAGAUAUAAUUCAGAAAAAAAUUUGGCAUGCACUGUUGACGUAGGCCGCCAAUCAAAAAACAUUGAUGUUGAUCUUAUAUAUAAAGCAGGUUUAAUGGAGCUGGAAGUCCUAUUAGAGUAUAAGAAGAAACCUGGCUUCCAUUGUGGAGAUCAGUUCAAAAGCAUUGUAAAAAACUGGUGUGACAGCGAAAAGAAUGCGCUGUUCAACUUAUGGUUGCGAUUGGCAGAUCGUUCUGUGCUUAAAAAUAAGGGAAAGCAGUUCCACAGUGAUGUAGAUGUUAAAGAAAUAGCUUUUGGAACAACUCCCAAUACACAAACAUUUAUGCAACAUUAUCACUAUGAAGCUAAAAACAUUGAAAAAGAGUUGAUGGGCUCAUUUUUUCAUAAUCAGCGAUACUUCAUUAUCUAUUUGUGCCUAUGCCAUAAAGAAAGGUGUCAAAAUAAGUUUUUAACAUAUAAGUUCCGAAUUGUGUAUCAUGCUUUGAUGCGUGUAAUUAUAAAUGAUGACCCAGACAGUGAGUCCCUACAAUUGUAUUUUGUUAUGAAACAUAUUCCCCUAAUUUAUAAGGAGAAAAAGGACGACAAAGAUGACAAGGAAGUUGAUGAAAUUAAAAGUGGCAACCGGCAACAGUUCUUAGCAAGUGAUCAAGAAUACCAGGAGAGAAAGUGGGAACGAUCAUUGACUUUUGGUUGUUCUUGCAAUAAUUCCCUCUGUGAAAUCGAUAAGGUUGGAAGGUGUCCAGUUUUUAAAGUAGCCAUUCCUAAAACCAGAGCUUUUGGUAUAGUUGAACGGCUUAUCCAACGUUGUAGUUCUAACACUUCUUUUUACUUUUCAUGUGUUCAAAGAGUUCAUGUGCCUAGAGCUAAAUUACCAUACAAAUUUGAUAUCUUCCCUUUUGAUCAACAGUUUUUUCAAGAUGUGUCUGAUAAAAAUGUCGCCUCUGAUAUUAAAUUUAAUUGUCAGUAUGCUUGGGAGGUUAUGUUGGGAAGAUCUUUGGAAGUUAGAGAUCAAGUAAUACUUAAAUAUAUAACUCAUGAAAGAUCUGUAAAAGAUCACUGGGAAUCUAUAAAGAAGGAAAUACAAAAGACUGUUAAGCACAAAGAUGCUCUUGUCAAUACCUUGUAUCACAUUAGUGACAUUAUUACCAGGCAAGAUAUUUUUGUGUUUGAAGAGGCUUUUAAAAAGCUUUAUGAACAUUAUCGACGAAAUCCGGCAAAAAUAGAUUUACCUGAUGGAAUGUGCCUUGUGCGCCGUCUUAUUAUGAUGCCCUCGCGUAUAAUAUGCCUUCAGCCAAUGGAACAUUUUGAUAAUCGUGUUAUCCGAGAAUUUGGUUCAGAAAAUAUAUUGCGUGUUUCUGUUCAAGAUGAUGAUUUUUCAAAACUAACUUUUGCUGUUCAGUAUCAUACUCAAAAAGACAAAUUCAUGGAACGAUUCACAGGACGGCUGAUUGAAGGUGUUAGAAUUGGGCCUAGACACUAUAAUGUUCUAGCAGCAUCGAAUAGUCAACUUAGAGAACAUGGUUUGUAUAUAUUUGCCAAUGAUUGCAAUGGAAACACUACCGAGAGUAUCAGAAAAUGGAUGGGAGAUUUUUCUCACAUAAAAAGUGUUGCAAAAUAUAUGGCUCGCUUAGGUCAAUGUUUUUCUACUUCUGACGAAGCUGUACAAAUAGAGUUAGAUGUUAAGGAAGUAAUACAUGUUGAAGAGAUAAAAAAUGAGAAAUAUGUUUUUUCUGAUGGAGUUGGUAUGAUUUCAACUAAACUGGCUGAAGAGAUUCGGAAAGCAUUCCGUGAUAAAGUGGCACUAAAUAUUUUGGAAAUUCCUACUUACAACCCAUCUGCUUAUCAAAUACGAUUCAAAGGAUGCAAAGGAAUGGUUACUGAAAAUCCAGAUUUGGAUGGACGUAAACUUGCAACGCGUCCAAGUAUGGAAAAGUUCUUUUGUGAAAGUUCGAAUAUGCUGGAAAUUGUGAAGAUAAGUGCUCCAAGAGCUCUUUUCCUGAACCGGCCUUUAAUUUCACUUCUGGAGCAGCUUGGAAUUUCAGCUAAUGUUUUUCUAAAGCUUCAAAAAGAAAUGGUCAUGGACUUGACCGAUUCUCUCAUUUACGAGAGAAAAAGUCAUAUAUUACUAGCUAACAGAACAGGCCUGGAUUUUCCUUAUAAGAAGCUGUUAAAGUCUGGCAUCUGUCUUACGAAGGAACCUUUUUUUCGCCGCCUUUUACUUUCUGUAUAUACAGUUGCUAUUGAUCAACUGCGUUCGAAAGCUAGAAUUUUUAUUCCACCCAAGUUUGGAAGAAAUAUGUUGGGAGUUAUUGAUGAAACUGGUACUCUGAAUUAUGGUGAAGUAUUUGUACAAUAUUCUGAGGAAAUUGGCAAUCAGAACUCACCUACUCAUGUGCUGACUGAAACUAUUGUGGUCACUAAAAAUCCUUGUAUGCAUCCUGGAGAUGUUAGAAAGCUAGAAGCUGUUGAUGUGCCAGAAUUGCAUCACAUAAAAGAUUGCAUUGUCUUUCCUGCUCACGGACCUCGACCACAUCCUGAUGAGAUGGCUGGUUCUGAUUUGGAUGGGGAUGAGUACGUUAUCAUUUGGCAUCCGGAUUUAAUAUUUCAACGAGAUAACUGUAAGCCAAUGAACUAUCCACCAAAUGAAGAAAAGAAACACUUCGGAGCUAUUACCGUUAGAGAGAUGGUUAACUUUUUAUCCAAAUAUAUACAAAAUGACAAUAUUGGUGUGAUGGCCAAUGCUUAUCUUGCUUGGGCUGAUUGGCACAACAGAGGCAUUUUCUCUAAAGUUUGUUCUGAAAUUGCUCAAAAAUAUCCCAGAGCCCUUGAUUUUGCAAAGUCUGGCACAACAGAAUACCUCACACCAAAUCAGAAGCCUAAAUUGUACCCAGAUUUCAUGGAAAAAGGCUCCAAUAGAAACAGUUAUAAAUCAAAGAGAGCUUUAGGACUUCUAUACAGAGUUACACGCUCUUUAGAGGCUUGCAUCAGUAAAGUGGAUAUAUUCAAUCAGGAAAUUGCCUUUGAUGAAGACUUGGUGUAUCCUGGAUACGAAAAUUAUGAAGAAUCUGCUGAAAUUCAUCGACGAGAAUAUGUUAAACGGAUAAAAAACAUUUUGAAAAAGUAUGGUUUGCGAAAUGAAGCAGAAGUCCUGUCUGGUUACAUAGGCCGAAUGAAUGAUUACAAUGAAAACCGUUAUGAUCGUGACAAUGCACUUUCAGUUGCUAAAACAUAUAUUAAGGAUGCCAUUAAACGUUAUCGAUAUGAAUUUGAAAAAUCUUUUGACAGCGAAUGUGCCACCAACCGCACACCCAGACGGGACUGGAAGGAAAUCAGGUAUCGGAGGGCAUCUGCAUGGUACGUUGUCACUUAUAGAAACCCUGACAAAUCCGUUUUGAGCUUUCCCUGGAUUCUUUCAGAUAUUCUUUGUGAUUUAAGAGAAAAAGUUGUAAAAACUAGAGAAUCUCCUAUCGUACCUAAAAGUUCAUUUAUUGAUGCAUCUAAUGAAAGUCUGAAUGAGAGCUUUGCUAGAAUUAUACAAAUAAGGUCUGAUGAGUGUCACUGUUAUUUCAUACUGAGGAAUAUAAUUGGGAACUGGAUCACUAAAUCUUCUUUAAUUUUGACAAUGUCUGCAGAAGAACGCUUUUGCAUCCAUUGCCACAAAAGAAUCCUCAAUAAGUUCAGAGAGUUAUCUGGAAAAACAUGUUGCUCUAUUCGAAGGAUUGGUAUCUGCGAGUGUGAGGCAUCCUGUUCUCCAACGAAGUUAAUACUGGAUUUCAUGAAGUUUUAUGCCGCUGAGGUUGUAGAUGAGAUUGGUGUUUGCGAACAAUCAGCCAGCUGCGAUGGCUUUAGAGGGUUAAAUUUGCAAUCUCUUGCUCUGCAAAGCUACGCCACAUUAGCUGUGACACGGAAUAUAUAUACCUUAACAUCGAACGAAAAGGAUGAUGAGUUAGAAUCUGCUAAUGAUUGUGAAGAAGGAGACCCAAUAAGAGUUUCAAUACCAAAAGAAAUCGAAGAUGUUAUCACACAUCACAUGGACGAACUUUCUGAUUUAUUAAAAAAAUUGUCUGGAGUUAAAGAUAUAUUUAUGUCAGGUGAUAAAGACUAUAAAAAUAAUUGGUAUAUAUUAGUUCACUCCAUUGGUAAACCUCAUCAAAGAUGGUCAUUAGAAGAACUGAUAAUGGAUGAGGGAAUUGGCAAGUUGGUAAAAUCAAAAUUAAGACUCCCAUGAUAAUGUGGUAUUUUGAAUUUCGUUUUACAAAUGUAUUUUAACAGGUUAAGAUUUUCUAAGAGAUUUUAACUAUGAAAUGUUUUUAUGUAACAAAUUUUUUGUGAAAAUAUUUUAGCUCGUUGUUGUCAGAACUUUUUAUUGUAGUCAUAGCAAUAUAUUUAAAUCUACUUAACGAAGCAACCCCGUGGCAGAAUCACGGUUACAGAGUUCUUGCAGAAAGAAUUUGAAGUAAAACAAAUUUGGUUUUCUUUUCUACAGAAAUUUUCGAAUUUUUAUUCGCUACAUUUUUAUUAAUUUUCUCUAAAUUUAUAUUAGAAUAGCUGCCUUUUUUGCGCAUCGGAGGGGAAAGAAAUGUUCAUGAUUUUUCUAUUCUUAGCCAGGAAUAAUGAAAAAUAAAGAAUAAUGAAGUAAGAUAAAUUGUGGUUUUCUUUUCUACUGAAAUUUUCAUAAAAUUUUUUUCCCCUCCAGAACUAUUAUUUAACAACGUAUAUUAUAUGACAAAAUUUUCACUUCAUUUUUCAAAAGAUUCCUUUCACACACAUCGGAGGGAAAAGAAAUGUAUUAGUAACAUGUAGUGAUUAGUAACAUGUACAUUUGUCGGUAUUAUAAGUAUCUUGCAGAGAGAUAUUAGUGCUAGAGAGGUUUGUCGCAGAAAGACAAAAAAAAAUUCUGCCACAGGGCAAAGCAAUUAAAAGUGCAAUUUAUCUAAACUUCAGACCUUCGCCAAUUGCUAAAUAGACUUGCUCAACUCACAAUUAAGCAAUUGAUUGAGGUCUGCAGUUCAAUAGUCAUCUGGACUAUUUCACUGCCAUCUUUGUUUCUGUUCUAUAAACAAAGUAUUUUUUUUAAAAAAAAUAAUAAAUAAAAUAUUUUAUUUAAUGUGUCAAAAAAUUUUGUAGCUUUGUUAAAAUGUUAAUGUUUUUUAAAUGUUCUGCAAAUAUAUAAAUAGUAUAUAUUCUGAUAAUGAAAAUCCUAAACUUGUUAAAGGUGUAUUAUACCUUGCUAUGUUUCAUAAUUUUAGCAUGCAAGAAUGUAAGUAUUCAAACGUAUUAAAAUUCAAUAAUUUUUAAGCUAAAUGAAAUGCAGUGUGAGCUUUUCCAUUGCCAAAUAGCUAAAUGUGAACACUUUGACAAUAUUUGUGUAAUACUAUAAUUUUAACAUUUCUGGAACUAUGGAAUAAAAUAAUGUUCCACAUUUCUCACAAUGUUUUUUACAAACCUGCCAAAUUUUA